AUGGAGGUUCAGCUCAUAUCUAGAAAGCUAAUAAAACCAUCAGUUCAAACUCCUCCUCACCUUCAGAAUCUGAACAUAUCAUUUCUCAAUCAGCUUGCUCCAUCACUGUAUGUAGCCAAUAUUUUCUACUACCCUAGCCACCGCCAUGAAAUCAUCAAAAACAUCGACAGGCUAGAGAAAUCCUUGUCCGAAAUAUUAACCCUCUUUUACCCUCUAGCGGGAAGAUACAUCAAAGAUAAUCUCUCAGUUGAUUGUAAUGAUGAGGGGGUGGAACUCUUGGAGGCCAAAGUUGAUGGAGUAGACCUCACACAAAUUGUCCAACAAGAUCCCAAUACCAUUCAAAUUAACAAGUUUAAGUGUGGAGGUUUAGCGAUUGACUUGCGCAAUUCGCACAGGAUAUCUGAUGGAAUUACAAUCUCGACAUUCAUCAAUGCAUGGGCUACAACAUUCCGAGAAGCACCAAAAGUCUAUUCGAAGAUUGUCACAAAAGUAUUUGUGAUUAACAAGGAAGCCAUAGACAAGCUGAAUUCUAAAAUUAGUGGUGGUAGCGAUUCAGGGGUCAAGUACCAUCCGUCGCGCUUGGAGGUGGUCACAGCACUUUUAUGGAAGGUUCUCAUUGGUUCGGCUAAAGCACAGCGCGGACACCUGAGGGCAUCUUCACUUCUUCAGAUAAUGACUUUGAGAGGAAAGGACAACAAAUUUGGAGAUGGAAUUGAGGCAUGGAUGAACUUAAAGGAAAUUGAUAUGCUUCACUUCCAACAAGAUCCGGACAUGUUGGCCUUGACCUCCUCACAGUAG